GCGGCGGCGGCGGCGGGCGCGGGCGGCGGGCGGGGGAAGAUGGCGGAGCUCGGUAAGAAGUACUGCGUGUACUGCCUGGCCGAGGUGAGCCCGCUGCGCUUCCGUUGCACCGAGUGCCAGGACAUCGAGCUGUGCCCCGAGUGCUUCUCGGCCGGCGCCGAGAUCGGCCACCACCGCCGCUACCACGGCUACCAGCUGGUGGACGGCGGGCGCUUCACGCUGUGGGGGCCCGAGGCCGAGGGCGGCUGGACCAGCCGCGAGGAGCAGCUGCUGCUGGAUGCCAUCGAGCAGUUCGGCUUCGGAAACUGGGAAGACAUGGCUGCCCACGUCGGCGCUUCCCGGACUCCCCAGGAAGUGAUGGAGCAUUAUGUAAGCAUGUACAUCCACGGAAACCUGGGGAAAGCCUGCAUCCCCGACACCAUCCCCAAUCGGGUGACAGACCACACCUGCCCCAGUGGAGGCCCCCUCUCUCCCAGCCUCACCACCCCCUUGCCUCCCCUAGACAUCUCGGUGGCCGAGCAGCAGCAGCUGGGCUACAUGCCGCUGCGGGACGACUACGAGAUCGAGUAUGACCAGGACGCCGAGACGCUCAUCAGCGGGCUCUCGGUCAACUACGACGACGACGACGUGGAGAUCGAGCUGAAGCGCGCGCACGUGGACAUGUACGUGCGGAAGCUCAAGGAGCGGCAGCGGCGCAAGAACAUCGCGCGCGACUACAACCUGGUGCCGGCCUUCCUGGGCAAGGACAAGAAGGAGAAGGAGAAGGCGGCCAAGCGCAAGGUCACCAAGGAGGAGAAGGAGCUGCGGCUGAAGCUGCGGCCGCUCUACCAGUUCAUGUCCUGCAAGGAGUUCGAUGACCUGUUCGAGAACAUGCACAAGGAGAAGAUGCUGCGCGCCAAGAUCCGGGAGCUGCAGCGGUACCGGCGCAACGGCAUCACCAAGAUGGAGGAGUCGGCCGAGUACGAGGCGGCUCGGCACAAGCGCGAGAAGCGGAAGGAGAACAAAAACGCCGCGGGCUCCAAGAGGGGCAAGGAGGACGGCAAGGACAGCGAGUUCGCCGCCAUCGAGCACCUGCCCGGCUUUGAGCUUUUGUCGGACCGCGAGAAGGUGCUCUGUAGCUCCCUGAACCUGAGCCCCGCGCGCUACGUGACCGUGAAGACCAUCAUCAUUAAGGACCACCUCCAGAAACGGCAAGGGAUUCCCUCCAAGAGCCGCCUUCCCAGUUACUUGGACAAAGUCCUCAAGAAAAGGAUUUUAAACUUCCUGACGGAAAGUGGUUGGAUAUCCAGGGAUGCUUCCUGAGGCCGGGGCGCUGUGAAAGCCGGAAUGAUGCUAAGAAGCUUGUGAGCCAAAAUGAUUGGGGUGAGGGAGGGGGGAGGAAACGCUUUUUUCCCCAUUGUUGCUCUUUUUUAAACAAAUUGAGUUCCUUUUUUUAGGAUACAAAUUCUUUUUACGGUCCUCUGAAGAAGCAAUAGUAACAAUCUUAUAUCGGAUCAUGGGGGAGGCAGAUAUAUGUAUAUUUUAACUUAGUCCUAAAAGUAAUCCUUUAAGAUGACGACUUGCCUUCACGUGUUCAGUUUGGAGAAUAUUGUGAGACUAAUUUCCUUUUAUUUGUGAGUUUCUUCCCUUUGGUACACGACUGUCGUUCUGUAGGUAAAGGAGCACCAUUCCCCGCCCGGCCUCCAGCUUCUCCCUGUGACCCGGGCUCCGCUGGCCGCCCACGGCGGCCCAGACCCCCAGCACAGCCCGGCACGUGGCACUUUAGAUGGGGCCAGUCAGGCAGAUGGGACUGUGGGGCUGUGGGACAGGAUGGGACGUCAGUAGGGACUUUAAAGGAGGAAUCUGGUGUCAAACACAGUGGCCACAUGAGCUUCCCUUUAACCCCCAGGCAGUGGCAGUUUGAGCUCAGGGUGGGAGAGGCGGAGCUGUGGUGGGAGGAACGGCAGACCCCCUGGGUCUCAGGGGUGCUUUGGGGGGGAGCCUAAGCGGGGGCGGAGGGGACUGGGACCAGCUCCAGCUGCCAGAACAACACUGAGCGGCCUCCCCUGGGGCUGCUGCUUGCUGCUCUGAGAACCUGCAGUGCAUUUUACUUGGAAGAACUCGUUUUAGAAACGUCAGGCUAAGAGCUCUGGGCUCUGGUGUUGGCUCCCUCCAGGGUUUUCAGCUCCCUUGCAAGUGCCUCUUUCACCGAGACUCUGGCCAUGUGUCUUCCUGGGGGUGGCACCCGGCACUCAGCCAGGUCAGGGUAGGAGGGAGCACUGCGGCCGCUGCCUCCAACCAGACUCAGAGCGGCUGCCGCCCAGCCGGGUUUAGAAACACGUUCAGGGGUGGUCUUUCACGGACGUACACGGUACCUUCCUUCCAGAACUUGAGAAAGGCAUGACUUCCGGCUGCUCGGGGCUCUGGUGUCCAAGACCCUGCUUAAGAGUGGGCGGAGUGGCCGCGGCCCCAGGGCUCCACCCCUCCCGAGCUUGUCCUGCCCCCAUAGCCCCCAAGACUGUUUACCUCCUAGAAUGUUUGGGUGUGAAGUUACAUUAAAGUGAAGUUAUUUGAAAGAAAAAAAACCUCAUCAUUUCCAAGGAUGACUUAAUUACGGUGCCUUUUCCUUUCUUUUUGCAUCCUUCUGACCCUAGGGUAAAUUUUCCAGCAUUAAAUAAAAUAUUUCAAGUAUACUGUAUGUGGCUUUAGUUGCAAAAUACGCUGCAUGUGGGCAGAGAAGCACUCCCUGUGCCCAGGACUUCUCUUUGUCCAUAGGAAAUAGCCAGCACUAGUGUCAUUCUUGAGGGCCACCCCCACACCGUCCCCUGCAGGGUAACUGCAGCCAACAGAGCCGGUACUGUCUAUCCAAGCUGUGAUGGGGAGGUGCUAAGUUUUUACAGGGCUUUUGGCCAGUGGUCCUCAUCUAGGGCUCCUGGGAACCUGCUAGGAGUGCACUCAGGCCCUGCCCAGUCCCCCUGAAUCAGAAACCCUGUGGUUGGGGUCCAUGGAGCUGUUUCUGCAAGCCUUCCAGGGGACUGGGAUGCAGGCGAGAGUUCAAGAACCACUGGCUUUAGCUACUCUGGUAUCUUCAUCGAUUUUCUACAUCAGAUUCCUAGUUUGGUGAGGUUUUAAAUUUAGUCUUAUUUUUAUAUAAAAUGAUUGCCAGCCUUUCAUUAAGCUUGAGAAGCAAAAGAUCCCUGUAAAUAUGUGUGGCCCUGGCCAAGAGCUGUCGAAUGAAAAACUUUGUGCUUAAGCAGGUUUUCUGUAUGUGUAUCUUUUUGAUGGUAUGAAGAAUUUAUUUAGGCUUGACUGUGUUUAAACAUCAUAAUGAAUGUAUAAUUAAUUUAUGUUAAAGUAUUAACACUGUUACAGGGGAAAAGUCAUCUUAUGACUGGCUGCCUCUUACCCCACCAAGUCCAGCUAUUACUGUCAACAUCGGUCCUUACCCUGCUGUUAGCUCGGAGCCUUUACAUUUAUGUAUUUAAUUCUCAGGAUAAAUUCGUCACCGGAAUCCAGUGGAAUUAGGUCUUUUCAAAAUUUAAACAAUUUGAGUCAAGAAAGAUAAUUCAGCUAUUCCAGAAUAAUGCUCUGGACAGCCAACAUUCCGAGAAUGUGAUAAAACUGAAACCCCGCCUACCACUCUCUCCCUUUUACACAUUAAACAGGUUGAGAACCAGU